GUAGCGUGAUUGUUGUAAUUUCGAACAUAAUGUGUUCAUAGCGGAGCGUGAUUGCUGUACAUAAAACAUUUGAGUAUUAUCAGGAACAUAGAUUAUCUUAAAUUUAUUUUUUUUCGGCAUUUUUUAAAUUUAUUUUUUUCGGCAAAUUAAUUACCGAACAACAACACAAGCAUCAUCCUUAACGGUAGCGUGGCCGAGCGGUCUAAGGCGCUGGAUUAAGGCUCCAGUCUCUUCGGGGGCGUGGGUUCAAAUCCCACCGCUGCCAAGUUUGUUUUUGAUAUUUUAACAUAACUAUUUUAUUUUUUGCUAUGCACACAAGCCGCGUUAAGACAAAAAUCACUCUGAACGCAACAUUUACAAAUUCGACAGUACUUAUUAUGAAAUUUAUUAUAAUACUUUAAUGCUGUUCAAUUGAUCUUUCUGUAUUGUUUAUCUUUUCAUCUACAGGGUAAAAACAACGGGUGCACUCCACUGAGCGUACGCAGCUAGUUGCUCAUUCAACCUUUCCUAGACCGCCAUUUUGUUCAUGUUUUAGCAAUCCGUCCUUAUAAAUAAAUGGACCACGAGGAAUGUGGUAGCUACAAAAGCAAUCCAAGAACCAGUGUUUCCAUGUCUUCUUACAUUUACAGUUGCUGGCCAACGGGUAGCCCAAAUGUGUCUGAUCCCGGUUAUUCAUACUUUGACAACAAGCAAAGCAUCCUCCAUCUCCUGUCUCUCAUGGUCACUGCUUCCAACCUACAGCUUCCCGGAUGACGAGUGACGUCAGCGAGCCAUCUUUGUUCCCCUAAUCCGAGCAUCUACUUUUAAGUGUACACAGUGACAGAAGCGAAUAGCGGUGGUGCGCCCUUAUUAUAAAAGGCAUAAUAACCAGACGCGACACACAAUUAAGGCGCACAUCACAUACUGGUGGAAAAUAAUUAUAUAUAAAAUACUUCAAAAACGCAGGGAUUACCACAUCACUGGAAUAACCUGGAGAGUGUAUUAUUUAUCCCGGAGAGGAGAGAAACGCCUGAAGCAGCGCGCCCAUCCAAAUCUUGUAGACGCAUACAAAGCCCGGUACAAAAUGUCUGCCCCAGCUCCUGCCGGUGGUCCUGCCCCAGAGGGAGGUAACCAGCCUCCCAACCUUACCAGCAACCGUCGCUUACAGCAGACACAGGCUCAGGUGGACGAGGUGGUGGACAUUAUGCGUGUGAACGUAGACAAGGUUCUGGAGAGGGACCAGAAGCUGUCAGAACUGGAUGAUCGGGCUGAUGCCCUGCAGGCUGGAGCCUCACAGUUCGAGACCAGUGCCGCCAAGCUUAAGAAUAAAUACUGGUGGAAGAAUGCCAAGAUGAUGAUUAUCUUGGGGGUGAUAUGCGCGAUUGUCCUCAUUAUUAUCAUUGUGUACUUCAGCACCUAAAUUGCGAUGUUCCUACCCCAGUCUGAGCUCAUGAACGUCGAGUCCAAGGCACAGAGAAAUCCCUUUCAAAAAAGAUGAGAAAAAUGACUUCUCACAACAACCUGUUUUUUGCCCUAGAAGAGUCUAAAUAUGCCCCUUCCCCGAGUCCCUUUGCCCCCUGCCUCCACUGCCUCAUAGCUGGGCCCCUGUCACUCCUCGUUUGUUCUGUCCGUGACUGUGUGGCCAUGUCUCCUCUGUAAAUACCUUCGGCUUUUCUGAAAUACUGUUCAUACUCUAAACUCCUGAUUACUUGUGACAACAACAACCAAAAAAAGAUCACAACACAUGCAACUACUUAGAAUAUGAUAAGAUUAUACAGUGUAUAUAUAUAUAUAUAUAUAUAUAUAUAUAUAUAUAUAUAUAUAUAUAUAUAUUUAAAAUGUUCUUUGUAGAGUUUUAUUCUGAUAUGAUGGUUUUUGUAGUUUGUAUGUGAGUGUGAAGUUUUUUUAUUUUGCUUCAGGUUGAAACUACUGCCUCUUAAUCUGGGUGUUUGUAACUUGCACGCUGUAUUUCACUCUUUCGAUGUCUUUCUCAGUCUUGCUCACUGAGUAUCUGUGUAUAUUUGCACACUGAUAGACUCCCUAAACUGCGGUACUAAAUCAAACGUUUUUCCACCUUUUUCCCCCUAUCACAUUCACUCUAUCUCUGACCAACUCCAUUCCCCCUCAACCCCUUUCUUUCUUUCUUUUUCUCUCUUUCCAACAGUACUUACUCUAUUAGUGUACUUACUCUAUUAGUGUACUGCCACAACAGAUUUGGACCAAUGACCAUCAUUUGAUGUCUUUAGUGUCUUAUCUCUUAAACAUUCCUUAAAAGCAGUGUAGAAUUAUGCUGUCUAUAAAAAAACAGUGUAAAGUAAGCAUAUUUAUCUUAGAAUUACAAGUAAGUCUUAAAAAGUACUAGGCAUAACAUUUACUGUUGCACAAAAAUCACUUGAAUUUGUAAACAGUUCAUUGCGCUGUAUGUUAAGUGAAUGCUGAUGUUUAAAAGUGCUCAGUGCUAGUCUAACCCAAAUUUCACUAUAAUUCUGCUGGUAAAGAUUUUCAAGGCCAGAUAAUCUCCAUAGAGAGGGGAAAUAUCAUGCACAAAAAGCUUGUUUUCUAUGGCGGUUUUUAACUGGUUAGACUGCAAGUGCGACUGGGAGAGAACCAUGCGCUGUUACUUUCUCACACCAUAUCAGCCUCUGUUAAAAGUACUGCCAAACCAAUACAUUACCCACAAAUAAGUUCAUCCGUCUAAAAGCACACUGGUUUAUCCUACUACUUUAUAACGUGAGCUAGUUAGAACAGCUCUGGUUCUCUCUCUUAUAUCUAGAUACUGCCUUUUGAGUUUUUAUUUAUUCUUUCUAUAUAGAUUAUAUUUGUAUUUUAUAGUUUUAUGUGAAAAUUAGGCAGAAAAGGGAUCAGAUCUUUCAGGGCUUGAUUGCAUGCAACAAGCACCUUUGUGUCCCUCGCUAUUGUCCAUUUCUCUGUGUGCCUGUUUGUAGAGUUCAGCUGUAGUUUACACACUGCCAAGCACCUGAGUGGACUUUUUCUUUUCUUUUUUUUUUUCAUUCCCUUCCUGGAUUGCUCUAAAACUUAUAUAAGCCAUCAUCACUAUCCGACCAAUCUGUUGACAAAAAGAGAGCCAGGCAUGAAAUGUGCAUCUGCACGUGAUCACACCCCCUCAGAUUUUCUGUAACUUUGCAUCCAGCUCCCCUUCGCUGUUAUCACAGUAGAGUUUGCGUGUGUGGACUUAAUUUAGGAGCUCUGGUUAGUUGUGGAGUUUUCCUGAUUUAUCCUGACAUAUUAGGCUGCUUAGCUGUUCCCAUGGUAACCUGCAGGGUUGGAUCAGAUUAGCUGAUUAAUUGUGACAGGAGGCGGGGCCAAGGUUUAAGGGGGCGGGGCUAGAGUAAAAAUUCCACUGGUGUGUAUUCUGUAUGAAAAAGCUUUAGUGAACAACUAUGAUUCAGAUUUCUUCAUAAUGAUAAUCAGCUUGCUUUUUUAAUUCUUUCAUUUGUUUAUCCAUCAGCGUUUUUCUUCUUUAAGAGGAGAUAAGUAGCCUUAGUACAUUUCAUUUGUUUCCAUCCGAGCACUCUCAUUCGCUCCUUUGUCCCACUCAUGUUAUGCUACUUUAAAUGGAAAUUGACCAAAGACAUAUUAUAUCUUGCUUAUACUGCCAACUGCCAUCAAAAACAAGUUAAGGGACAAAACAUUUCCCCUUGUUCUUUGACAGAUCUCUGGUUUUUCAAAAGCUCACAUCCAGCAAAAUAAUGGAAAAGAAGUCACAUAUUUUUCUGGUCUACAUCUAUUUUACUUGAAUAUUUAGUAUGAGUUAACAAGUGGUGAUGAUUGCUAACAGGAAAAGAAAUUUAGAAUCAUAAUCCGACUGUUGAAUCCCCUGUUGAAUUCGAACCAACAAUGAUAGCACAACUCCUCCUUUAGGUAUUUAUAAUGCUGAGUAUGAAACAUAACAUUUCUUUGUAACUGUUUAAAGAAAAAAAUACAAAAAAAAUAAAAUAAAUCUGUAUUGUUUCAUAUUGUAGUGUGGGGUUCACCUAGGGAAAGGGGGUCCUGUUCUUUUCUGGACAUUUUUCAUUUAAGAAACAAAAACAAUCAGUAUGCUGACAAUAUCAAAAUAGAGAAACUUUCAGGCAAAACUAUGUAUACAUAUAUAUAUUAGGCAAAUACAAAGAUUAUUCUCCCAGGGGUUGUCAAUAUUUUUAAGGGAUGGAACUUAUUCAAAAGCAUGCAUUGGGGUAGGACUCAAACAUGAUAAAUUAAUCAAAGCAUUUAAGAAUAAUUCACAAAUUUAAAGAAUUGGGGAUUAAUAAAAACAAUGUAUAUUCUUUUCUUUGUGUUUGUGUGUGUGUGUGUGUGUGUGUGUGUGUGUGUGUGUGUGUGUGUGUGUGUGUGUGUGUGUGUGUGUGUGUGUGUGUGUGUGUGUGUGAUGACAUUUUCUCCUUGUCUUGGCACUUAUGUUUUGUCCACAAAUGUGUGGUUGGAGUGCAAUGCCAGCAUGUUAAAGAUGUUGUGUCUUCUUUAUUGGAGGGAACCAAUGAAGACACAGGACUUUACCAGACUGGCUCAAAAGCCACAGUGAUUUCUCCAUGACACACGUCAUACAGUUGUUUACUUUAUUUUGAGCAGGAAUUAGUUACGGCUUCAGAGUGGUGCUCUGAGGCACAGCUUCAUUGUGCUUAGUCAAGAGAUUUUAGUUAAAGAUAAGAAUGGUGACCUAAGAUAUCAAAGUAAUACUGGAAACUGAACCCUGCCUUAUUAAAGGUUAGCAGGGUUUUUUUUUCAGAAAGCUUGUACAGAGUGUGACUGAAAUACGAACUUGGUUAUAUGGAAAACUAUGGCGUUGUGAUUCACUGGUUUGUUGAAGUGUUUGGGACUGAAUAGAGAAUGCAUACAAGCAUUGCAGUGCAGGUCUACUAGAAAUGCAUUGAACCCAAAGCCAAGUUGCUGUACUGAUACAACAAUUUGUAUUUAAUUUGUUUAUUUAUUGGAUUUAUGGAGGUUUUUUUGGAGGAGGAAAGGUUUUAGAUGAGUAUUACCCCUGGUUGUCUGGCCUCUUUGGAGGGACUAGGCUUGAGGAUCACGGGCAAUGCGAUCUUCACAAUCUGAUUUUAUGUUUCCUUUAUUUAUUGUGUCAUAAGUGUAUUAUUGCAUAUUAAACAGAAUGAUGUACAUUGUAACAGGGAACCAUUAGGUGACCGGACAUACAUAAAAUCAAUUGUAGAGUAAAUCUGUCAAUGUCUAUUAUAUGGAUGAACAUCUUGGGUAUAUAUAUAUAUAUAUAUAUAUAUAUAUAUAUAUAUAUAUAUAUAUAUAU